CAGAGCAGAGGGGAGCCAAGCUGUGCCAUAGUAGUACACAAGACGUGCCCACACAGCGCCCAUACAGUGCCCACACAGUGCCCGCCAAGACCAAGUGACCCCAUCCCUCCUGCUGUGAACGUUCUUCGCGCCCAGGUGGCCCAUCUCUGAACGUUCCCCGUGCCUUCUGAACGUUCACUGGACGUCCAACGUCAUCUUUAUUCCCCCGGUGUUAACGUUCAUCGUGACUUCUGAACGUUCACUGGACGCCCGAUGUGCCUUCCCCUUUUGCUGUGAACAAUUCUCGUGCCUUCUGAACGUACACUAGAGACCCGAAUCCAACGUUCUGUAGAACAUACACUGAGCGCCGACGUGCCUUACCCCUCCGCUGUGAACAUUUAUCGUGCCUUCUGAACGUACACUGAACGUGGGACGUGCCUUUAUUGCCUACUCAGAACGCUACCCGUGCCUUCUCCCUAUAUAGUGAAUGUUGAUCGUGUUUUUUCAACUGUCGGUGAUCGUGGUUUAUUAUUUAUACAUAUAGUGAACGUUUCUAGUCUUUACUGGCCGUAUAGUGAACGUUCUCGUCACAUUCUUUCCCAAAUACUGAAACAUUAUUUGUGUGAAGUGAAAACUUGUCAUUCAGUUCAUCCGUGUGGUAGAUUAGCGAACCACAAGUGGCAUACCGCUGUGCCUUCUACAAGUCUUGUUGUGUAAGUGAGCUUCGAUGUGUUCCUAUAAUCGUUGUCAAUAGCGUUAUACCGUCACUUCUCCCCCCUGACCUUUCACUCCGGAGGAGAGAGAAGAACCUCCUCGAAGGGCCGCGUGAGAGUGGUAGGUGAGCGUGGAGUGAGAGUGAGGCGGGAAGGUAUUGGAGAGUCCAAGGAGCCCCCCUGGGCAAACACAGCCGGGGUGGAGCUGCCGGGUAUGUUUCCCCCUGGAGGCGCGGGCGGCUACGGCCAGGAGGGGGGCCAAAACCUCCUGUCCCCGACCAUGUACACCUCCCACGCCCACACCCACAUGCUCCCCUAUAACUCGUACUCCGCCCAGCUCGUUCAGCCCUCCACCCCGUCACCGUCCAUGUGGCAGUCUCCCGCCCACACCGCUCUGGCGCCCACAGCCCCGCCCACGGAUCAAACCUUCUCCACGCCGCUGGGCUUCAACUGUGGGCGUGAGGGGUACCUUCAAGGGGCUGGGAGCCAGAGCCUACAGGCGCCCUUCAGUUCGUACCCAGCCUACGCCCAGAUGAACCACGGCAUGUGGCGCCACUACGACUCUAUGAGCUUACAAGGCAUCGCCAACUGCCCUGGGAGCGAGUUCUUCGCUGAGAGUCGAGAGUGUGUCAACUGCGGGGCGGUGCAGACGCCGCUGUGGCGUCGGGACGCCACCGGCCACUACCUCUGCAACGCCUGCGGCCUCUACACCAAGAUGAAUGGCAUCAACAGGCCUAUUAUCAAGCACUCCCGCAGGCUGGAUGGCUUCUCCUUCCAGACGUCAGCGAGGAGGAUGGGUCUGAUGUGCUCCAACUGCGGCACAACCACCACCACCCUCUGGCGGCGCAAUAAUGAAGGUGAGCCCGUGUGCAACGCGUGUGGACUUUACUACAAGCUUCACGGCAUCAAUCGACCACUCCAGAUGAGGAAGGACUCGAUUCAGAGCCGCAAGAGGAAACCCAAGAACAAGAAGGCGGACGAAGGAGGAGAUGAGAAGGAGAAAGAUAAGAAGCUCUCAGAGGAGAAGUCACCAAAGGAGGCAGAGCGACGUCCAGCCGACCCUGCUGCUACUCCUGUAGUCCCCAAGCCACCCCAGCAGCCCCAGCAGCCCCAGCCUUCACAGCCCCAGCCACAGCCUAGCCAGUCAACAGCCAUCCCCAGCACAAGCAGCCAAUCGAGUGUCAAGAUCAAACAAGAGAGUCACUCAUCUUUCUCUGCGCUCCCCAGCCCCCCGUCAGGUCUAAUGACCCCACCAGUCACUCCCAACCUCAACUGCACCUCCACCAAUGGCAUGUUUGCCGCCUACACCUCUGGCACCCCAAACUUCACCAAGUUAAUGAUAAGCUAGAAGCCCAUCACCCAUGUAAGGAAGAAGCUGAUGUGUGCACUGGAGGAAAAUAAAGAGGGAGGGGAAAAGGAGAGCACAAGUUAACAAAAUACAUCCAUUGCUGCCCCAUUUUAAAAUGAUUGUUGUGCCAGUGGUGCCUAUUUUUUUUUACCAGCCCUGAUCCCCUGCCUUCCUCUUUUGUAGCCUCCCUGCCUUCCCCCCCUCGCACCUUCCUCUUUUGUAGCCUCCCUGCCUGUUCCUUGUGUCUGGUGUCUCUCUGUCUGCACUCUGAUUGUGUCUAAGGAUGGGUCUCUGAGUGUCUACUGACCUGUACGAAGUCUGCACAUCUCUUCCCUCCUCUCCAUACCUCUGAGGCUUGAUGCCAUACAUGUGUUGUUUGAAGGCCAGCAGUGUCUUUUCCUCAUUAUUGCUGAGAAAUGCUAUAGUCAGCAGUGAUGUGACUGUGGGUUUCUGCCUCUUUCUGAGGGGCAGCAACAUUCUGAUUGUGGGCAGUAAUGCAGGGUGAUGGGCUGGGAGUGAGGGGGGUCGUUGAUGGAGGAAUUGCUACCGCUCUUCCCCUCAUUGAUCAACAGACCAUGGCAUGAGGUUUUACCCAUCCCUUCUCUCUCUGCAUGUUCAAAAUGGCCAGAAUAGCAGCUCCCAGUGUAACCUGAACAAGAGAAAAUACUGUACUACCAUUAAGUUAAUAUUUUAGUGCCUGAAAUCUGAAUCCAAUAUUUUUGGAUAUACUGUAUAGAAGAAAUAUGAAAGGGGAUUUUUUGACAAUAGAGGAAUAAUAUUUGUCAUUAGUUCCUUGUUCACACAUACAAAUAUCCUUUGGUACUACAGUAUUUCAUUAUCUUGUUAAAUACAUUCUCUGGUUAGUAAUUGCCCAAAAUGAAUGGAGCAGAACUUCUAAUAAUAUAGCAUUUUUCAGUCAACAGCACUCAAAAUAGGCCUAUACACACUCAAAGUAGGCUUAUACUCAUAUUCCAUUUUCUAUUUAAUAUGCUGUACUGUACUGUAUAGUUAUACAGAACUUGAUUUAUAUAUUUUAUUUUCAAAUUUAAGAUACUUUGAAUAAUUGUGUAAAUGCUAUUAGUAAACAUUUUCAUAGUUCUUAUUUAAGUAACAUCAUUAGUGAAAAUGAGAAUUGUAUAAGUGGACAUCAAAAGCACAUACUGUAACAAUGUCACAUAAUAUUUUUUUUUAAUAAUUAAUUGUGUCGGAGGACAGGAAGUCAGAGUGUAAACUCUGUGCCUGACUCCUCAUUUCAAUCUAUAACAGCAAUAAAAUCUGCACCUGCAUUUUCUCAGGUAUAGUUCCAAGCACACUAUGUGGACUAGAUGCAGUCUGAAGAUGUUAGAUCAGGCAGUAUUAGAUAGCAUUAAAAUUGCAUUGCAAGGUGCUCUUUCUCUGUCUAUUUGGGUGAGAUAACAUUAAAAUUGCAUUGUAAGAUGGCUUUUCUCUGUUUAUUUGGGUGAGAUAUAGUGGGUUGAAUUUGUUUACUUGCCAGAGGCUGGAGUGAUUGGAAGAAAUGGGUGAAAAGUGGCUAUGUUGGCACUAUAGAAAUCUAAGCCAUGGACUAGCUAAUGUAUCUUGUCAACGGGAUUAUAAAUGCACUUUCUUGGUGACAUUCACUAGAAGUCGAUAAUUGAUGCUUAAACAAUGGUACUAUAAGCAGUGGGACUGGUGGGGAAGUUCACGUCAAAUAAUCAUCAGCUUAAACUUCACAUGACAGAGAUGUACCCAGUGGGCACCAUUGGUUGAAAUCGACAUGUUACAUAGUAAACAGUACGUAACGUUGAUUGCUUUCCACCAACAGUGACCACUGGGUAAUAUGUGAACUCUCAAUCCUGUUAUCAUUUGUAAAAACUGUAAAAUUAAUCUAGGUCAGGUUUGAGGUAAAUUAGCAAAAUAUUUAAGUAUCCUGUACAUUGGUGCUUGGUUUCUGAAGACAUGAACCAAUUAAGUCUAUUAUUUCCAAGGAAUAGUCAUGAUUUUAUUUUGUUUUCAUCUCAGUUUUUUAUUAUUAUUAUUAUUAUUAUUAUUAUUAUUUUUAUUUUGUGCUGUGUGCUUUCUGUAGUUUGAGUUGUCCAGAAGAAUUAGCUUAAAAAGCCAUUUCAGGUCAAGAUGCAUCAUGGGUUGCAAAUUUUGGAAUUAAUGUGUGUUGGAUAGGCCAUUUUCAUCGCCUUGAAUUGUUAAUGGGAAAUUUAUAAGGAAUUUAUGACAUCUCAGGCAAUACAAUUAUCUGUCUGAAGCGUAUGUUUACUUUUUAAUAUAUCGGGCAAAGGGAUUAAUAAAUAUACACUCAAGUUUUUAGCUAAAUGUUGAUAUGAAGUACUUGACGAUAAUAAUAACUGUACAUUCGUUUCUUCUCUGCUUAUUUAUUUUUCUCUUUUUAAGAGCUUUUCCAUGUGGAAAGUUUUCCAGUAAGAGAGUAAAAGAUGGUGCAAGAAAAGUACUGUUAAAUAAGGCUUCAUUGUCACGCUUUCAUGAAGGUAGUUGUUGUACACUAAUGUAUUGUUUUUAACGAUAUAUCGGUGUCCUGGUAUGUGUAAUACUGUACACACACGUUGCUUGUUCGUGGUGGGUUCAUUAAUGGUGCUGCCAAUGUUGUCAUUUUCUCUGCAUGUACAGUGUAGACAGAAUAUUAUGUUUAUGACCUUGAACUGCUAAUUGUAGUUAACCAUAGUCUCUAAAUUUAAGCUGUUAAUACAGUACCUGUAUUGGUUAUAUUAUAAAAAUACUUAAGUAAUGCUUUUAUACACAAAUCUAAGUAUAGUACUGUACAGUAAUUAUUGGAUUUUACUACUGUAGUUCUUUAUACUAGUAAAGAACUAUUUAUUAUAUACAAUACUAAAAAUUGUAUAAUAUAAAUGCAGAUUUUCUGGCCUCUGCUGAAGUGCUUGGUCUGCACUUCAUAACCUUAAAUUUCCUGUAUAUAUUUGUUCCACAUAGUAAACAAUAAUGAUGUAGUUUGGCAGUACUGGGUGUGACUUGAUUAGUGCUGUAAUUCCACAAUUAAGACUAGAGAUGCACGUUUUGUGGCAUUAUCUGAGGUUCUGCAUCGGAGUUUUGAGUUAAUGUUGAAAACCUGAGCAAAACUUAGUGAAUUGGAAAUUUAAUGUUCUUGAUAUACUUUUCACUUGGAUUAUUAGCAAAGUUAAUAUUUUUACCAAAAAUCAGAUGACAGUAUACAAGCAUUAGUGUGACAAAAAGCAUUUCUCCCACACUUCAAUUUACUUACAUAUUUGAUUGGUAUGCUUUCAUUUUAGUUUAGUGUUCAGUUCUUUGAAUUUAAGAUUCCCUUUGAGUUACCAAAAUCUUUUGUUUUGAAACUUGCAAAUUGGGGCAUUUAAUUUAUACUGUAUAUCAUGUUUAGCUUAAAUACUCCUCUUUGUUGUGAUGUUUAAUGCAGAUGGACUCUGCACUGAAUAAUGGCAGAUAAACAAGAAUACAAAUUCUAGGAGAUGGAAUUUCUCAAGGUUUGGGAGACAGAUUUUUGGAAUUCACUAUCUGAAGGGAUGCGUGUGUGUAUACGUAUGUACCAGUUUGACAACGUUCGUGUAAAUAUACUCUACUGCAAUAUACAGAUAAUUUUUUUUUUUUGGUGUAGGUAACAGCUUAUAAUGCAGAUGAAUGUGUGAUAUAGUUCUGAACCUUUGAACUGUCUGAGGUUGGACAUAUGCUUUCUAGUUGCUGAUUGGUUGUAAAUUUGUUUUCAUAUAUUUGACCAAUCAUCAAGUAGAUAUUCAUGACAUAUUCAUAAACCCUGCAACAAUUGGAUAAUAGCUAACCAAUCAGCGUCUAGUGUUAUGAUAAUGACGUAAACGCCCAACGGGUAACAUAACCAAUUAGCAUUUAGGAUUCAUAUAAAUGACAUGGCGUUGACCAAUGAUUAUCGAGCAUUGCGCCAACAGAUAUCAAAGGAGCCAAUGAGCAUGAAGGAUCUCUUGUUUGUAUCCUGUAUGACUGGUCAUGGUUCAGGCCAUAAUGUAUACAUAAAGUGUAAGUGUUUUAUGUCAAGACGUAUAUAGACUUUUGUCAUGUCCAGACGCGCACAUGCUGUGUAAUGUCCAGACCUUCACGCACUUUGUGAACAUUGUGUUACAAAGUUUGUAUAAAUACUUAUUCUAUUUCUGAAUAGCUUAGUUUUAACUAGAAUUUUAUCUGUGAAUUCUGAUUUGAUGAUAAAAAUACUGUUUUAUAUAUGACUGUAUAAUUGCAAUAUAAUAAUAAUAAUAAUUAAUUAACUAAAGGCCUUAGUUCCAACAUGUAAAGCUUUAGAAACUCUGAAUAGUGAAGGAAAAUAAAUCUGUUCAGGGUA